AUGAGCCAAAUUGACGGAUAUUCUUCAGCAAAUUGGAAAUCUCGUGCAGAAAUUAUUGACUAUUGUGCACAAGUUGUCGACUCCCAGCUUCACGAAAAGGAGAAUGCCCUGAAUGAGAUCUUGAACUCCAAAAUGUCGACCGAUACAGGGCUUCUCAGUCCCCCGAAAGUCGAUGGGGAGAUAUGGCGUGGACCUACAAAUGACUUUUAUCGCCCAGUGGAGAGGUCCAUAUCGACAAGUCGGCCACCCAAUUCUGCAGAUGGCUCUCAACCUUCAAACCAAGCCAGGACUCAACAAAGUGCACAAGAUCUCCAAGAAGAAGCAAGGAGACAACGAGACCGAGAAAAGGAUGCUAGAUAUGCGCUAUGGGAAGAAAGAGUCAAGGGCAAUGAAGAAACACUCAUAUUUGAUAUAGCGAGAUCAGAUGGCGAACGAGUCGAACGCAAUCGAGUCAAAAUGCAGUUGUUGCAA